CGCCAGACGCUAGUCCAGUGCGAACCCGACCGACGACGGAGCGACUAGCGCCAACGCCAAGGGCGAUUGUCAUUUUUAGUUAAUUUUUUUUUUCGUUUCUUUCUUUAGUUUUGCUUUUUGUGCACACACUUCAUUCAGUCCCAGACUCCGGCUCCAUCAUAAGAAAUAUUUUACGCGCGAAUACAGUGUAUAGUUUUUUUCCCCCAAUUUUUACCCUAUUUUUGUGUUUUCAUAGAUAUUGAAAAAACCCACCGACAAAAACACCUAGACUGUCGACUGGAAUCGACAAGCAACUUGAAAAAUACCGCCAAGAUCUCCCGCGAAAGCAACCCAUUUCUUGUUGAACCCAGUCCCAAACAAGCCAGCACCAUUGAAGACUUAAUAAAAAAAUUCUCCAUUACUACUUUUAAUUUGAGCGACGACAGACCAGCAACGGCCAACAAAACCAUGAUGUCCAACGGGUUAGAUGCCCAGCAAAAUGGUGGAAGUAAUAACGUCGGCGGUGGACAAGAGGAAUCCAAAACCAAUCUUAUAGUAAAUUAUCUUCCUCAAACCAUGACACAAGAGGAGAUCAGAUCACUUUUCUCCAGUAUUGGGGAAGUGGAGAGCUGCAAACUCAUUAGGGAUAAAGUCACAGUUCCUGGGGUUAUCACUAGUCCGUUGCUUACAGGGCAAUCACUGGGCUACGGAUUCGUGAACUACCAUCGACCUGAAGACGCUGAAAAAGCUAUCAAUACUCUUAAUGGGCUAAGAUUACAAAACAAAACUAUCAAGGUUUCAUAUGCAAGACCGAGUUCAGAAGCAAUCAAAGGGGCCAAUUUAUAUGUAUCGGGAUUACCUAAAAAUAUGACCCAACAAGACUUAGAAGCAUUAUUUAGUCCAUUUGGUAGGAUAAUUACAUCUCGCAUACUUUGCGAUAAUAUCACCGUACGUCAAUUUGUCUCGGGGUCCGGAGAAAAUUUGCCUGGCCUUUCAAAAGGCGUAGGCUUCAUUAGAUUUGACCAACGUAUGGAAGCUGAACGAGCUAUCCAGGAGCUAAACGGUACCAUCCCUAAAGGAUCCACUGAGCCCAUCACCGUCAAAUUUGCGAACAACCCUAGCAAUAACAACAAAGCCAUUCCACCAUUGGCUGCUUACCUCACGCCACAAGCUACAAGAAGGUUCGCAGGUCCAAUUCAUCAUCCGACUGGUCGAUUUAGAUAUUCUCCAUUAGCUGGAGAUCUAUUAGCAAAUUCCAUGUUGCCUGGAAAUGCAAUGAAUGGAUCUGGUUGGUGUAUUUUUGUAUACAACUUGGCGCCUGAAACCGAGGAAAACGUUCUCUGGCAGUUAUUCGGUCCGUUUGGAGCUGUACAAAGCGUUAAAGUCAUUCGUGACUUACAAACUAACAAAUGUAAAGGAUUUGGAUUUGUGACAAUGACCAACUACGAUGAGGCUGUAGUAGCCAUUCAAUCAUUGAAUGGUUACACGUUGGGUAAUCGGGUACUUCAGGUCAGCUUCAAAACAAAUAAGAGUAAAACGACAUGAAGUGACGAUUCGUCUUAGAUACCAUCGCAUCAGGACCCUUGUCAGACACGUUCCGCCAUUUUAACUUAUUAAUUAUUUAUUAUUGUUCUGGGGACCUACUUCAGGUCCCUGGUUUUUAGGCAAUUCGGGCGGAAUGCGCCGAAGGGUAUGCGGUUCCAGAGGGGCGCCUGGUGCGUCCCUCUAACAUUUAUUCUAGUACUUAAAAUACGAAGCUAGUCAGAAGUGCAUUCGCCUUUUCUUAUAUAUGUAUUAAUUGAACGGUACGAUGUUUAAUAAUUAGUAAAUGUAUUAAUUGUGCCAUCACCGUGUAUGUAAGAAACACAUCGCGAUUCAUACGCUAUUGUUUAUGAAAUAGUAUUUAUUAAUUUAAAAAUUCUUCUAUUGAUCAAUUGAUUUAAUUUUAAUGUAUCUACUUAUAGUAUCUAAUUUAUGUAUUCUAUUGUAGUGAUUAUUUGUGUUUCAUCAAACUAGUCUCGGAAAUUGGCCACGGAAAUCACUAAACAACUCAAAAUAUGAGGAUUUAUUUGUCUCGAAUAUACGUCGAAAAUGAAACGAUGCCAAAGUUACACAUGCUGUGAACAUAAGGCAGUAGAAACUUUUUUUUAAAUUGAAGGAAAAUACCUUUGGGUUAAUAACAAUAUUUGUCUUUAAAUUUAUGGCAAUUAUUGUACCAGCACAUAUUUCUGCAUUGUACCUGUUUACGUCCCUGAUAGUUUAAUGCUCAGUUAGCAAUAUGUUCAAAUGUACUAUGUGCUUUUUCCCCUAAUUAACAGUUUAAUAUUAUAUAACUAUGUAAUUGUCAAAAUGUGAUAAAUUUAAGACGCUGGAAGUCUUACUAAACUCUGAUUGAUAAUUUUAUCAUUGAAAAUUGUAUUGACAAAUAUAAGUAAUUUAAAAUCAGGAAAUUUCAAAAAGCACAAAUUUUCAAAUAUCCCUGAUGUAAAUUAAAGUCUAUAAUAUAUUAUUAAUUCCUAUAAGUACUUAUAUAGAAUUUUUAAAAUAUAAAAUUUUCCGUCCUCUAUUGAAAAGGCUAGAGCACAAAUCGAAGGGGAAAGAGAUCAGUGAGGACAUCAGUUCUAAGAUAUAAGGGGGUCAGUCUUCGCUGACAUGUAGGCUUUCAUGCGAUGAUGUCUUUGUCGUCUCCUUGUUUGAAUUAGACUCUCAAAAUAAUUUUUUAUUACCUGUAAAUGUUUUCUACCAAGAGUAUUGGUCAUAGCUUAACAAAUCCUCAUUUUCCUGUUGUUCUCGCCGCCAUUUUUAGACAUUUGAACCCUCGCUAUGAAUGCCAAGAAUGCCUACUUUCCUUUAGAUUUUUAAAACAGUCGCUGGAAUAAAAUUUCAAAAAAAUCUCUGCAUUGACCAUGUAGAAGUGAUUCAGUGGUCAGUUUUGUCUUUUGUAUUCGUUAGCUAAUUUGUGUUUUGAAGCAGCCUACAGCGUUAAGGGCGACAUCUAUUUUUAUGAUAGGAUAGUUUUACUAGUUCUAGUAUCGCGCAAGCGCUGACUGACUUGUAAGUAACAAAUUAUGGUGAUUGCCCUUUUCGCUUAGGGCAGCUUUUUCUCUCUAGGAUAGCUAGUAGCUGAUUAUUUAUUUAUGAGUACGUACAUUUGAAAAAAAUAUAAUAUACUUACUCUGUUUAAUUAACCUAGCGACUCUCUGUCCUAUUUUUCUUGUGUGUUGUGUUUAUUUUGACGUGACUAUUAAUUUUGAAGACAGCUUUUCUUUUCUAAAACUGCGUGGUUUUGCUUAAACGCCAUCAAAUUAACGACGGCAAUGCUUUGGCGAGGCCACAACAAACUAUUUAGUUUUUUCUUUUGGUUCUCAAUUUUGAAAUACAUGGUUGGAAAAAGUCAAAUAAAUUUUUACUCGAUUUUUACACUACUAACAUGUUCCGCUACACUGUGGCUUUGUAAGAGUGAUAGAGGUACAGUGCAGCGAAGCAUGAGUGUUGAUUAAUAUGAGAUUCUAGUAAAAAUUAAUUUAACUUUUUCCAACCCUGGGUUUCAAUGUCAAUUGUGAACUGAGUAUCGACUCAAUCAAUUCAUUUUUUAUUUUUUUUUUUAUAAUAGUAUAUCCCAGUGAAUCUGUCUUUUAUUUAUUAUUUAUAUAAUUUAUUGCCUAGUUUAGUUUUUCAUUUAUAGCUAUUUUUGAUUUUAUUUUCUUGGUUUAUUUUUUUUUUCCCCAGAAUACAGAUUAAAGUUUAUUUAUAAUUUUCGCCUUUCUUUUGUUUUUUUCUUCCCAGUUGUGUCUCUCAGUCUUAGCUGACGUCGAUGGAGGAAAACACAUAUUUUUACGCAUUGCACAACUGCACCUCUAAAAUCUGUGCCACUUUUGGCCAGAGAGAAGGUUUAAACCACUCAUGGACUAACCAGCCACUUCCACUUAACACUUUAUUUUUGUAAAUUAUUUAAAUACCCGAUAUAUAAGCGAAUAUCACCAAAACUGUGUAAAUACAUUUUCAUAAUUUACGCCUUGUGACAGACUGAAAGAUUUUCUCGAAAAAACAAACAUGUAAUGUUCUCUUUAGUUUAAAACAAGUUUUGUGUAAUCCACCCCAAUUUGAACUACCUGCAUGCAGCAAUAAUUGUUUUUGCAUUAACACAAAAUUAACUAGGCUCCAAAAGUAGUUCAAGUUUGGGUUACCUUUUGUUAUCACUGGCGGCUGGCUGAUAAUGGCGUAGACGCACAGCAUCAUUAUAAUCAGCCCAGAUUUACGAAAUUGUACAUACAUAGAAAAUUUAUGUGUUGAAACUCGAACAAAGCGAAUUAUAGGCAAAUAAGUACAAUUUAGGAAAGUCUUGAUAGUUUUAAACAAAACAGUGUUCGCGGGAGCAUACAUUUUUAUUGUUAACUUUAUAUAAUUUUUCAUUCCUAUGCUUUGGGCAGGCUAAUUUUGGUUAUAUUUUUACAGUUAAACAUUAUAGGAUCCUAGUUAUUUAAUUUUUUUUAAACAUUUUUAUCAAUCUUAGGGCUUAUGAUUCUUAUGAAACUUAUUGGAAAACUGCUAAAUAAGAUAAUUUUAAAAAUUGCAUCAAAAUCAUAAUAGCAAUAGUUUAUAAAACACUGAAAGAUCGUUAUCCAAUCUGUUAUAUUUAUAACUAUUAGCCUAAAAAUUAAUUAAAAAAACAGAAUCACUGUUAAAGUAUAACCAUGCCUCGCUGCGUUAAGACAUAUACUACACUCAAAAUGACUGUGAUUACAUUUUAAAAAUAAAUCUUUCCUAAGUGUAUUCAAACAGAAUUUGAAUGAAGUAUGAUGACGCUUGAUAAAAUCUAGAGUUUUUUAGACUGCCUGAAAAUAGGAUAGGCACACUAAUUUCCAAUUUUGUAGCUUAAAUCUAAAAGUUGACAACCCCCGCUUGUGAUAUUAAGCUGAAAACGCUACAAAUUAGGCCUGGGUUUAUCAGUUUUUAUCUAUAUCGAACAGACUUGCAUAGAUGAUGAUCGUAUUUAGUAAAUAAACGAUUUGUAAAGCAAAUAAGGAGAUUUCGCUGUUAAUAACGUAAAACUCUGCUCUACAGAUUAAUAACUUAAUAUGAUAAUCACACUUCGUUAUUUUACGCAAUAAAUGUUGGCAAAAAGGUAAUGUCUGUUCAAAUAAAAUGCAAUGUGGCUUUUUAAAGACAUAGAAAAUCUUCACAACUGGUUUGGGUUUCGAAAAGUUUAAAAAUGCUUGAGUUAGGAAGACCCUGUCUAAAAAUCAAAUUAGAUUUAAAAUUAAACAUGUGAUAAAAACAUGUGAUCAUUGUACAUAUUUUCAUCUAUCCACAGAAGAAAAUCUGAGUCAUUUGUAUGUCUGGAGAGCGGCUUAAAUUAUAACCGAACCAAUAAGCAACAAUACAAUCCAAAACUGUUGAUGUAUCGAUAAUGAUCAAGUGAAAGCUAUGCAAAAUACCUUUCCGAUGAUACCUAGUCGGUAGGCGCUUCAAACAUGGAUUCUUAAAACAUUUUGCAGCGCUUUCAAUGUAAAUAAGAUGUGAAUUUUAUGUAUGAUUUCUUGAUCGGAACUAUUCAUAUAAGAUUAGUUUUCGUCUGAAAGGGUUCAAGAUUCCAUUUUAUUCAGGUAAUGGAAUGAAAACUUAAUAUUCCUAAAUUAACAAGGUCUUUUGAAUUAUUGGGUAAAUUUAAUAUCGUUUCUUUUUUUCAAUCGCAAUGGAAUUAUUGAUGCAAUAAAAUAGUUUAAAACCUUUCCAAUGCAAUGAGCUAGUGCAGUGCACACUAUUUUUAUCAAAGGACCAUAUCUAAAUGUGAUAUGCCAUGGUAACUUAAAAGUAUUAUAUUAAGCACAUAUACUUACAAUUUCCGUGUUAUAUGUGGAAUUUAGAAAAUAAAUUGUUAAUUAUACUGGUGCAUAAUAAUUAUAUGUUAACAAAUAUGUAUAAAUAUGAUAAUCACAAGCGGUCUAGUAAUAAAGAAAAAUUAAUAAAUUCAACAGUAUUUAAACAAAAUAAAUAAAGUUUAGAAAAAAUCAAAAUAAAAUUAUUAUAUAGAACUUAAUGAAGAAAAUGUUAUUUUGUAAUGUACUAAUUCACUGUUAAGCCCAGGUCUAGCGAAAAAUAAAGCAAUCCCUUUCGAAAUGGAUUUGCCUUGGCACCAAGACUAGAAAUCCCUAGCUCCCCCGAAAAAGGCAGAUAAAUAUUAUAUUAAUAUACAAUAUCUGCCUCAUUCUUUUAGAUGACGUACAGUUAUUUCACCGCUGGCAUUUUCCAGAAAUAAAGGCUGGCUGGCAAUGGAAAAAGGGUUUUAGAAUUUUUGGGAGAAUUCACAAACCCUUUUUAAACAAAUUUGUAAAAUAUUCUUGAGAAUUAUUUGCGUUAGAUUCUGGAUUAGGAUGAAGGAAUAUGAUUGGAGCUUGCUUAUUUUUUAAACAUUAUACCAAGAAGUCAGUUUUUUUAGAGAUUUGAACUCCUAUUUCUUUGAGAAAGAAUUUGGUUUUCGGCAUAUUGUCCAUUUAUGGGUGUUGGUCCUGUGAGCUAUCAAAUACUUGUAAGAAAUUUAAUUGUUAAAAAUUACUUACAGAUUUAAGUAAAAUAUGUUGAACAUCAGACAUCAAAUUUCAACUUCAAAUAAAUGCAAGUAAUUCUUCUUUGGAUGAAGAAAAUCUCAUAAAAAAUCGUUUUGGACUUUAUCAGCUCAUUUUUUUUAUUAUCUACUAGUAUGAUUUUUCAACAAGCGAAAAUAUGGGUAUAAAAAGAAUUGGCUAUAUUUCACUUGCAUAAAAUUUCACUAUACUUUUUUUGUAUGGCAUGAUAAAAGCGAGCAAAAAAUACUAAUAGAAUAAAAUUAGUUGAGAGGUUUGGAUAGGAUUUAAAAAUGGCUGUGAUGGGUCGAGAUAGUUAUUUAAUUAUACAUGUAGGUAAGGAAUGUCAGUGAAUAAAAUUUAUUAACUUAUCAAGUGAAAUAUGUUUGCUCAAGUUUUUUUCGUUGACUGCAUUUUUACAAGAAUUCAUUAGAGUAAUUUAUCAAAUCAAGUGUCAGAGGCUCAAGCUAAAGGCAAUAUUGUACAUAUUAACCUAAAUAUUCAUACGUAUUAUAUUCAUGUGUUCCAUAAAGUAUUGCUAAAAAUGCGUUGAUGAUUAAAUUGAGUGAAAUUUUAAUGAAAAGUUAGCUUCUUUCAUGUCAUAAACAAACUGGUGAAAUUACUGUACGUAUGAAGGCAAUUAAAAUAAAUAAAUAAUAAUUCAGUGUUCAGAGCACAAACUAGUGACUUAGGACUUAGUAGGUGAAUAUUGGUUACUCAGGCCUAAAAUCGAAACUCGUGUAGACUAAUUCCAUUUACAGAACAACGACAUAUUUCCAUGAUACUUAUUAGAAAUACAAUGUCUGCCGGCAAUUGCUUAUUUGAAAUUUUCAGCCUGUAAUUUACUAUAGCGUUUGCCAACAUAACUUUACUUAACGGUUUUCAUUAUUACUGGUUGAAUAUUGAAUAUGUUUGAAGAUUUUGUCUCGUUAUAUUGCGACACAAGUCUUAUCUAUUUCUGCAUAAGGUACCUUUUUGUGUCGUGUAGAAUUUCUCUAGCAUAAGUGUAUUAUAGUAUUUAUAUAUAUAUUCCUAUUGUUUAAUUUAUCUAUGUGUAGCAGUUGUGUUGUGAGCGGGGGUCUCAUACAAUUCAUUAAAAGCAGAUGGACCUUCCCGCUCUGGGCCGGUUUUGUUUAGAGGAGAACCGGCCUGGCUCCUGACUAUGUCGGGGGUCAUAGCUCAAAACAUUGUUGUGACAAGAAACAUUCCAUUUUAAAAAAGAAACCACCUAUUGAUAUUUACAUAAAUUAUUAUAUACCUACUCAUGCCUAUAUUCUAUCUGUUUUGAUAAAAUUGUGGUUAUUAUUAUGAAUGAUACGAAUGCAAAGUUUUAAAAUGUACAGAAGUUUUAUUAUUAGGAAAUACAGUACCUCAUAACUGUAAUUCAUGCAAUAACUUAUUAUAAGAAAGAAUAGUUUUAGUAGUUUUAAGAAGCGAGGUAUCAUUGAUCUCUUUUUGAUUCUUUUUCCCAAAUGUCAUUUUACUCUCAUAGGUAUUACCCCAUAACAAAAUAAUGACUAUCCCUCAAUUUAUUUUUGACAGCACACACAAUCAUCAAACCCUGUCUUUGUUUCAAAUAUAAAAAAUACUAGGUACCUGUAUCUUGAUACUACGAAAUUAUGUGUCAAAUUUAAACAGAUAUUGCAUACAAUUAUUUAAUAAAUAUAACAAUUGAUUUUCACAAAAUUGAAGAGUUCAGACAAGUGCUCCUGUGAGCUACAAUUUAACUACAGACGACGUAAUUAUUUUUUUAAUACAUGGCUUUGACUCUAUAGUAAUAUCAUCAAUUAUUAAUAAUUCAAUGUUUGCAAAGGACCUUUAUGUUUUAUUUCUUAUUUCUGUCAAAAAAAAAUCAUACCUACAGCAAACGAUGCAUCUCAUUUUUCAUUUUCUCCAGAUUUGUUUGUAUAAUGUCUGAACAACUCAGCAAAAUUAUAAUACACUCAACUAACCCAAAUUAAUCACAAUAAUAUAAUUUGAAAAAUUUCGGAUUUUUAUUUAAAUUUGAUUAGAUUUGAAAUGCAAAAGGCAUUAGUGAAAAAGAACCAGAAAAUAUUUACAGGAUAUUCGGCGUUCACAACGCAGAUUUUUCCUGUUUCCCUCCUAAAACCGCUAAAAACGAACAAAACCUGUCAUUUGACAAAUCCAGCUUUAAAAAGUCUGCUAAAAGUUACAGCGGAAACAAAAUAUAAGGGGGUGAUUGACAUAUCAACCAAAACGCCGAUUUUUGACUCUUAGGGUUCUGCACCCGAUAGUCCCAUGUAUGUUAUUUUUAUAUUAUCGCGGAUCAGUAAUUCAGUCUCAUUUUGAUAGAGAAUUGAUUGCCAGAAAAUCAAAAAUUACGAUAAGGAUGUAAGCCAAGUUUUUAUGCAUGAACUGGGUCUUCCACGAUAAACUGUAACGGUUGAUUUCUCGGAAAAUAAACUUUGGAAAAUAUGGCAACAUAGCAAUAUCGAUGGAGGCUAUUUAGGCGAAAUUUUUUCGAGAUUGCCGAACUUCCGUAUAUACCUACCGGAAGUUGAUGUCAACUUGCCUAUUUUAAAUAGGACACUCACGGAUGGUGGUGUAUGUUUGGUUGUUAUUCCGGUUGUAGAGUAAAAAUCAAACGAGAAGAAGCUAUUGACGUCAUCGCUGACAAAGAAGGCAGAUUUCCUUUUCUCUAGGUCCCUCCUAUUUAAAGUGAGACAAACUAUAACGCGUGUGGCUUCUUCUCGUUUGAUUUUUACUCUACAUCCGAUGCAUCUCCACCGAGUGUUGUUGAGAAACGUUCGGUUCUUAACGACGCCGACGUUCCGCCAAAAUCGCAAUUAGUAUUUUCAAGUCUUAUUCCUCCUCGGUUAGUGUCUGAGAGCCGUGUCGGAAUAACUACAGCCAAAGAUAUGUAUGUUAUACCUAAUAAAAUAAUAAAAAUAUUUCACCGGGAUGGCCUCGAGAUGGCUAUGUUGCCAAAUUUUCACAACUUUCCAAAGAUUAUUUUCCGAGAAAUCGAUCGCGACGUUCGUCCGGAUACCCUUUGUUUGUAUCCUUGAUGUGCGGUGCGUUGAUAGAACUGUGGAUGUUACUUUUUUGGGUAUUUUGGAAACUAUAGACACCAAAAUAUCAUCAUUUAAGUAUCGCAUUGGUAUAAUUGCAAUUAAAUAUCUUUCCAAUCCCAAUCUGUUAAUACACGACAAUACACGUAGUUGAGGUAUCUAAUUAUGAGAUUUAUCAAGCGAUGUUGCCAUUGUGAUUUUUUUUUUUAAAUUGAACAAGAAUGCAGUGCUGGAUGGAUCAGGCUAGUGAUUAUAAAAAUUUGCCCUUAGUUCCACUGCUAAAAUGAGUGAAGCAUAGAAGCCUAAUCAGUUAGCUAUGUAUUAUGGGUGUCCUGGGUGGGUACAAAAUGAAUGGUUAUGCCCUGAGGGUGACUGACGAGAGCUGUUAGCUAGAAAAUUUGUAAGUCUCCUUUGGGUACCUAUAAAGAUUCAGUAAUACCUACUUGUGAUACAACAUUUUAUGCUCCACUUAUUCAUAUGGAUUUCAUCUUCAGCAACAGCCAUUUCACAUGAGUUUAAUUGUAAUACGAAAUACACUAUACAUUCCUUUGACUCAAUGCUCACAGGGGUUUAGGUAAAUAUCUCCUCUGACCCUGCUGCCCCACUUCGGAACCAAGCAAAAAAGUAUGUAUUUUGAUUCUAAUCAAAUUGAAAUCUAUUUCAAGAUUUCUCUAGCAGUUUGAAGCUUGAUGGAACGCUUUAUCGAAAUUUGCGAUGUUGCUGGGGAAACAUUUUCUAAGGGGCCAUUUGCCCUCCCCUCCAAAAGGCUUGAGAAAGAACGCAAAAACAAAUGGAGGAAAACAAAAUUUAAUUUUUGAUUAAUAAUAUCCCAUUAGCCAUUUGAGAGGAUGCCGAAUCCUUGUUCUUUUAACGAUUUAAACGACUUUUUGGUAAAAAUUGGGCGUGGCACCCCCAAAAUUUUCUGGCUUUACCGGGCUGGACUUCCUUGCCCUCCCAAAACUUUUUCCGAGGUACGCCACUGUAUGUAUACAUAAAUAAUUAUUGCUACUAACAUCCAACUUUCUCCUUUCUGACUAUGUAAAAAAUAUACAUUGUGGGUAAUAUUAAAGAUUUAUAAAUUUCAUACAGGUUCUCAGUAUGGUAUCACAAGGGAAGUUUAAAAACAUGUUUGAUGGCUUUUUUUUUGGGAGUUCUCAAGGGAUUUAAAAACCGAAAAUUAUCCAGAAAAGAUUGAAGUCUCUUAUUUACAAACGAUAAUUGGAAGGCAGCUCAUAGUCCCCUUUUUUCAGAGAGGCUAAACUCUAGCUAUCUCCAACUUGUCAGGUAUUGUAGCACUUUGCAGAGAGAGCAGUGGCGUAGCCAGGGGGGGGGGGUGGCAGAGGGGUGCAAGACUCAUAAAAUGCGUUUGAAAUUUCAACAGUAUCCGUUAGCAUAAUAUUAUCAUUUCACCUGCACUGCCCGCUCUUUGUUGUGCAAUAUUCUGUUGACUGUGUUCCAUGUUUUUUUCAUUUCCAUGGUUCCUUUCAAAUUCAGCAUUAUAUCAUCGUGUUUUUUUUUUUCAUAUUGUAGCGGCGAUUAUCAAGAAUUCCUAAUGCCCUUGCAAGCCCUAUGGUUACUAAACAUAUCUUUUAACUAAGCAAUAAUAAACUAGUAAACAUGAUACAGUACAAAACAAUAAGGACUAAGAACAUCAAAAUACCUCAACACAAGUCAAAUUCACUGAUAAAUCCAGUUUUGUGGGUUGUCCAGCGUCAUCAUGUUUCUUAUGCGACUUUAUACAUAAUGAACUGAACUGAUGAAUCCGUUGGCGCAUUGCCUAUGGUUAGGUACCUGUGAACAAUAAUCGAAGAGGUGUGAAAAGGGUCCACUCAAUAAUUUUUAGAAUACUCGAAAAAGUAACAUUCAGUCCUUGUACAUAUUGCAAUAGGUUUCGGGUAUAUCAGAUCGUUUCGAGAGUGACAAUCAUGUACGUAUCUGAAUAGAGAAUUGAACAAGAACUUAGCGAUAAUAGGCCUCUGGAUUCCUAUGUUGCGUUACUUAAAAUUUGUGUGGCGUCUGUACAUUAGGCUUAUAUCAAAAUAGUUAAAGACCAUAACGAAUUACUGAUCUUAUCGUAGUGUCAAAUUCCUGAAAUUAAAUAAAAGUUGUUAAAGAUUCUUCAAGCUCGUAUAAGGAUUGUUGAAAAUUAAAUUUAAAUUGUAUACUUAAUAGGGUUAACUAAAAUUUAUUGAAGCCAAAAUUAUCGCGGUUGUAUCUCAAAGUAAGAGGUAUAAAGAAGCAAUUUGACACUAUUUGUCAACGCUGUUUAUCCUCAAUACUUUUGCAGAAAAGUAGCAAUUCAUGAAAAGUAUUUUGUACAAUGAUAUUUAAUGCAAUUUUGAAACUUUUUAUGUAAAAAGCGCCAACUUUACAAAAUCUGUAUGCGUGUAUAUACACAUUGACCAGAAUACAUAAUAAUUAUUAAGGCACACCCUAGGAAAGUACUUACGAUUUUAAAAUUUUAUAAAAAUAUAAUAGGUUUUUUAAACUUUUCAUGAAAUGUCAAAAAGUAGAAAACGAGUUGAUCGAUACACUUUUACAUUGUCGGUGUCGAUAAGCUGUAUAGAAAUUAAAUUGACCGGUGUGCGACAUUUUGACUAUCUGAAAAUUAGGGCUAUUCGACUGCGACCUCGAAGGGUCCAGACCGGUGCAGUAAUAAUAUAUAAAACCCCGCUAAUGGAACUGAACUGAUUCACUCAUUACUGGUAAAUAUUUAUUAUUAACAUUAAUUACUUAUAAUCUACCUAAUAAAUUUAUUCAAUGUGCUAGUUACUAAGCUACACCAUGUGACCACUCUUUCGGCCUGUACGUCGAAUAUGUCGCAACCUUCGAGUCGGGUCGGCUCUACAUUUUUACUUCUUUGAAACGAAGUAAAUACUGGAGCUACUGAGACGGGUUGUAAAUAUAAGAAAAGUCUUAAUUUUAAUUGCGUUUCUUUAGUAUAAUAUAUGCGUUAUUUUAGCGUUUAUGUAUUCCUGUUCGUUGUCCUUUCUUGCUUACUGUCCAUUGUUACACUAAGCUGCAUUUGUGUGUAUUUAUUGUGAUUAAUGGUUACUUACUGUAUCAAGUACACCUAUUUAUUAUUGUAUCAAACGUUUAUAGUAUUAGUUGCGUCGAUUAGUGUAGUAGAGAAAAAGAGUGGGCCUUUACUAAAAGAACAAACGGUGCAAUGUUAUGGAUUUGUUCAAAUUGGGUUUGAAUUUUUAUUUGGUAUUGAUGAGCUGAAUAUUGUUCGGUUUCGGAAUGUAUUGUAAAAGUCGAUCUAGCAUUUUUUCAAACAUUUCAAAACUAGAAUGUCGAUUACAUCUGAAAACGGACUGUAAGUUACUAUAGUAAAUGCACUAGCACUAGCGGAGUUGAGUUUGAAUUCAAGAGCUUUUCUGUCUUUCGUCAAAUCAAUUUAUUCAAGCCAACUUUCAGUUGAUGAUUUUGUUCAUCACAGCUAGUGCUGUGCUAUGCAAUAUUUGUACUUUUCCAUAUGGACAACUGAAUACAAUAAAGUAU